GCUGAUCUCGCGCUCGUGCCGCAGGUGCCCUACGCCCGGUCGGAGGCACAUCUGACGGAGCUGCUGGAGCGGGUGUGCGAGAAGAUGAAGGAAUACGGGGAAAAAGUGGAUCCGUCCACACACCGUAAGAGUUAUGUCCGGGUGAUUUCCCACGACGGGACCAAGAUGGACCUCUCCGGGGUCAAAAUUGAUGGAGACGUGGCUUCUAGCCUGAAGUUUGCGGUGCGUGAAGGGACUGGCUCCUUGUGGUGGCUGUCGGGGCUUUGGGUGGCGGGACCUGCUGUGUUCGGCAGCUGCGGCCCUUCUGGGGAUGAGCUG